UUGUGACCGCCACAGAGGCCACGGCUUACCGGGACAAACCUAGAGGGCCCUAUUCACUUCGUUGGGACCGUGGGAAUAACGAUCCCUGAAGGAGUGUCGAGGAUAGAAAUCCUCGGACGCUAAUUGAUUAUCGUAUGAGGGGAAGAGAGAGAGACGAUGAAUUAUGGCAACGUAGGGACGAUGAGAUAGACCGAGACCGCAGAGAUCGCGAGCUGUUUGUGCGAGCAAGGAGGCUAGAUGAUUACCCCCGAAGCCCUCGCUAUGAGGCCGAUCGGGGCAUAGGCGACUCCCGCGGCCAAUGGGAGAGGGACGACAGAUACGAGAGGACGGGUCGAGAUGGCUACAGAGGAAGUAGAUAUGGAAGAGGAGAUCGGGACUGGGAACGACAAGAUGGGUCGCGCGGACGGUUUGAGCGCGGGGGAGAAGCGAGGGAGCAGCGCGACGAGUCGCGGGGAUGGUACAACCGAGGGGACCGACGCGAUGAGUCACGAGGACGAUAUGACUCGGGGGACCGCCGGAAUGAUUCGCGAGGGCAGUAUGAGCAAGGAGGGUCUGGAGGAGACCGGCGCAACGAUUCGCACGGUCGGAAUGAGAGAGGGGGAUAUGGCGUYUCAUCAGAACCAUAUCCAAAGUCGCCUGACCCCAAGGCGACCAGGAAUUCGAUCUCUAGAGGCGCAGACGACUGGGCAUCUACUCCCAGGAACUCAUGCGUCUAUUGUAGAGGAGAAGAUCAUAUCAAGAGGGAUUGCCCAGACCUCAAACGGGCAAUAGAAGAGGGACUUGUCGUGCUUAACGACCGCAAGUACGUCAAGUGGGCAAAUGAUCUAGGAGAUGUAUCGAUGUUYCCUUCGAUGAAGGAGAAUGUCGAAGCAAGGAGAAUAAAGACGAGUAAAGGAAUGGAGCCGGUCAGGAGCCAGAGCAUCAAGAUAAUCUUUGAGGGGGAUAUCGCGACCACACCCAUAAGGGUGGCAGCCACCAAGUCGGCAAGAGGGUCUACAUCGAAGAAGACUGACAC